ACUAAGAACCUCCGGAUGAGUUGGAUGUGCGCCGCAACUGUUGUGUCUCUGCACGACAGCUAUAUAUCAUUACGAAGCUCCAGUUCAGUGAGUUUUCUAGAUUUGCAGCUCGCCUUACAAUCGCCAAACUCGACCCACUGGGCCACUACCAAUUCGCGCACUACAUUAUUUUCAAAAAUAAUCCCUCACCAUUCACCAAAAUGAAGUCGUUCCAGCUUGUUGCUAUUGUUGUGUCCCUAUUCGCAGGAUGCAAUAUCGCGGCUCCGGUUGCCCCGAACGUUGAUGGUGUCAUCGCAGAUCCCGUUGUUGACAUUCACGCAUUGGCCGAAGCC